GCCCCACGUUGCCGCAUGCGCACUCGAAGAGUUCGGGCGCAGUUGCUCUGCCGGGGCUUCCGCAAAACGGAAGUGAUGUCAGCAGUGACGACGAGAGCGUCUCGGAAAAGCAAGGUUGGCCUGCGCACGGUGCUGAUUUCCGGAAGUGACUGCUCCGGCAACAUGCUUGAGGAGCUGGGUUUAAUCGGAACUAUAGGCGAAGAUGACGAGGUGCCAGUGGAGCCCGAGUCUGACUCCGGAGACGAGGAGGAGGGGCCCAUCGUGCUGGGCAGAAAGCAGAAAGCCUUGCAGAAGACCCGUAGUGCCGAUUUCAACCCUGACUUUCUUUUCACUGAGAAGGAGGGGAUGUACGAUGGCAGCUGGGCCAUGGCUGAUGUCAUGAGCCAGCUCAAGAAGAAGAGGGCAGCGACUACAUUAGAUGAGAAGAUUGAGAAAGUUCGAAAGAAAAGGAAAACAGAGGAUAAAGAAGCCAAGUCUGGGAAGUCAGAGAAGGAGAAAGAAGCAAAGGAAGGUUCUGAACCAGAGGAGCAGGAAGACCUUGAAGGGAAAGACGAGGAAGGCUCAGAAGAUGAAGAAUCGGAGACUGACUACUCAUCAGCUGAUGAGAACAUCCUCACCAAAGCAGAUACACUCAAAGUAAAGGAACGGAAGAAGAAGAAGAAAGGACAGGAAGCAGGAGGGUUUUUUGAAGAUGCAUCCCAGUAUGAUGAAAACCUUUCAUUCCAGGAUAUGAACCUUUCUCGUCCUCUUCUGAAGGCCAUUACCGCCAUGAACUUCAAGCAGCCUACCCCCAUCCAGAAGGCGUGCAUACCUGUGGGACUGUUGGGGAAGGACAUCUGUGCCUGUGCAGCCACUGGGACAGGUAAAACUGCUGCUUUUGCGCUGCCCGUCUUGGAGCGUCUAAUCUACAAACCCCGCCAGGCUCCCGUAACUCGCGUGCUGGUGCUGGUUCCCACCCGAGAACUGGGCAUCCAGGUACACUCCGUCACCAAGCAGCUGGCCCAGUUCUGCAACAUCACUACCUGCCUGGCUGUGGGUGGCCUGGAUGUGAAGUCUCAGGAAGCAGCUCUUCGGGCAGCACCUGACAUACUCAUCGCCACCCCGGGCCGACUCAUUGAUCACCUCCAUAACUGCCCUUCCUUCCACCUGAGUAGCAUCGAGGUGCUCAUCCUGGAUGAGGCUGACAGGAUGCUGGACGAAUACUUUGAGGAGCAGAUGAAAGAGAUCAUCCGAAUGUGUUCCCACCACCGCCAGACUAUGCUCUUCUCAGCUACGAUGACAGAUGAGGUCAAAGAUCUGGCUUCUGUUUCUUUGAAGAACCCUGUCCGGAUAUUUGUGAACAGCAACACGGAUGUGGCCCCCUUCCUGCGGCAGGAGUUCAUCCGGAUCCGGCCGAAUCGGGAAGGGGACCGGGAGGCCAUCGUGGCAGCUCUGUUGACAAGGACCUUCACUGACCACGUGAUGCUGUUCACCCAGACCAAGAAGCAGGCCCACCGCAUGCACAUCCUCCUGGGGCUCAUGGGGCUGCAGGUGGGCGAGCUCCAUGGCAACCUGUCACAGACACAGCGGCUGGAGGCCCUCCGGCGCUUUAAGGAUGAACAGAUUGACAUCCUCGUGGCCACAGAUGUGGCAGCCCGUGGACUUGACAUCGAGGGGGUCAAAACAGUAAUCAACUUCACGAUGCCCAACACCAUCAAGCAUUACGUCCACCGGGUGGGGCGAACGGCGCGUGCCGGCAGGGCUGGGCGCUCCGUCUCUCUGGUGGGAGAAGAGGAGCGGAAGAUGCUGAAGGAGAUCGUGAAAGCUGCCAAGGCCCCUGUGAAGGCCCGGAUACUUCCUCAAGAUGUCAUCCUCAAAUUCCGGGACAAGAUUGAGAAAAUGGAGAAAGAUGUGUAUGCAGUUCUCCAACUAGAGGCAGAGGAAAAAGAGAUGCAACAGUCCGAAGCCCAGAUCAACACAGCAAAGCGGCUCCUGGAGAAGGGGAAGGAGGCAUCAAACCACGAGCCUGAGAGGAGCUGGUUCCAGACCAAAGAAGAGAGGAAGAAGGAAAAAAUUGCUAAGGCUCUGCAGGAGUUUGACCUGGCCUUAAGAGGAAAGAAAAAAAGGAAGAAGUUUAUGAAAGAUGCCAAGAAAAAGGGGGAGAUGACAGCAGAGGAAAGGUCCCAGUUUGAAAUCCUCAAGGCACAGAUGUUUGCUGAGCGGCUGGCGAAGAGGAAUCGCAGAGCGAAGCGGGCCAGAGCAAUGCCUGAGGACGAGCCUGCGAGAGGCCCUGCCAAGAAGCAAAAACAGGUGAAGAAAUCUGUAUUUGAUGAAGAACUCACCAACACGAGCAAGAAGGCCUUGAAACAGUAUCGAGCUGGCCCCUCCUUUGAAGAAAGGAAACAGUUGGGCUUGCCCCACCAGAGACGAGGAGGAAACUUUAAAUCUAAAUCCAGGUACAAGAGAAGGAAGUAGCCAUGGUGGCCUGAAGAAGUUCAUGGGGUGGCCCUUAGAUCUCGUCCUUGUGAGAAGUCAUCCUGGCUUAGUCUUCACUCCAUUUAAAAAAAAAAUUUUUUUUAAGUCUGUCAUUUGUACAUUAAAAAAAAAAAGGAAAAAAAGUCAGCCGGGGCCCCCUCCUGCUGAUUAGCUUUCACAUAAAGAAUAUACCAAAUGGAAGAAGUAUUUUCGGGGGAAGGGGAAGAAACCAACUGAUUGUAUAUUUUAUUCCCGUCUCUUCCCUCUGUAGCACAGUCUACUCCGUCUGCUAGGCUUGGCACUGCCACAUUAUUUGGAAUGUAUCUUUGUGCUUGUAGAGAAGCUGGACGUGGAGAGAAUUCUUACUAGUUCUCUUCUGUUGAUGUCCUAGAACUAAAAGUUGUCAUUUAUUGAGCACCAA